AGCUUCAAGCAGCAUGCCUCAGAGUCUGAUGAGGAACGUGUGCAGCAGAUCAUGGAGCGAGCACUGCUAGAUGCCAAGUGGGUGAUACAAAAGUACAACCAGCCAGGCAGUACUCCAAAGUCGUCUAAAUGAUAAAUUUAAUUUUCGAUACAAGUCUAUGUGAAGGUGGCAGACAUUAAUGUUAGGUAGAAAAAAUGAAUUUCGAGGUCGUCAGUAAAAACACCAACAGCAGUAAUUCACAGUUUUGGGAAGCCAUUGGGAUCUGGAUGAGAAACCCUCACGUUGUCAACCGUCGGAUCCUGGCGUCCCAGGAGCUAUUCAAAGUCGAGGUCCGCCACAACGUUUCAUAUAUUUUUGAACGCAUUGAAAAGCUGCAGAUCCAACCUGACGAUUUCGAACACGAUUCUUCAUCCUCGGAAGCCAUAAAACAUUUAUUAGACAACCUUGGUAUUACAGAAUAUUGCCAAUACUCAGUUCAAUGUACAGAUCCAAUUGAGGCAGUGGAAGACUCUGAUAAAACUUAUCUGUACGUGAAGAAGUUGCUACCUCGCAAUACACAGAUAUUUUCGCCUACACUGGAACUCUUGCUCGUCGACAGAAGCUCGGCCAGCGUCACUACCUUUCAUAAAUCGAUCGUCCCGGGUAAAUUGUCCUUGGGUCCGAACACAGCCUACAGGAUACAGCAUCGCGAAUAUGUUUCUACUUGUAUAAGCAUACACAGAUCUGACAAUGGUAACUACGACAAAGGCUGCGAGUGGCUUAAAUCCAAACUCUUUCCACGGCUGAUGAAAUGGUUGAACAGGGAGAACGAUAACGCCGGCCCCAGGAUCAGUUCCCUCAGUCUCGUCUCAGUCGAGAGGUACACUUCGCUGUAUAAUCAAUUGAAAGAGAAAUACGGCUCGAGGAUGGUGAGCGUGUGGCCAGAGAACACGGACCCGGCGAAAUUCGUCUACGAGGACGUCGCGAUCGCGACCUACCUGUUGCUGCUGUGGGAGAAGGAGAGGGAGGAAAAAGGGACGCGAGAGUUGCAGUCCUUCGUCGAUCUCGGCUGCGGGAACGGUCUUCUAGUCUAUAUACUGUCUAACGAAGGUCACAAGGGGAUAGGAAUCGAUUUGCGCAGGAGAAAGAUCUGGGACCUGUUCCCCGAGAGCACUCAUUUACAAGUUAGCACAAUCGUUCCGUCCCCAGAUACUGUUUUUCCCGGUGUUGAUUGGAUCAUAGGGAAUCACUCGGACGAGCUGACUCCGUGGAUCCCCGUGAUUACCGCGCGCAGUUCGUACGAAUGCCGGUUCUUCCUACUACCGUGCUGCGCUUAUGAAUUCGACGGCAGCAAGUAUCGACGAUGCAACGCCGCCGAGAGCCAGUACUCGGAAUAUAUGUCCUAUGUUAAAAGCGUGUGCGAAGGUUGUGGCUUUCUUACGUUAACGGAUAGACUGCGAAUUCCGUCGACCAAGCGGAUUUGUUUCGUUGGCUGGAAGAGGACCUACGCAAAGGAGAAUACCGCGGCACUGGACGCCGAUAUUCAAAGAAUCAUAAACGCGAGAUCACAGAUCUUGGAUAGUAGAAACGAAGCAGAUAGCGAUCUGCGGUGGUCUGCGAGUUUCAAACCAAGAGACUCGACGGAACGAGUGCGAAAUUGCACGCAGUUGGACAAGAAGCUGAUCCUCGAGAUAGUCAAUGCGGUCGCGGCGCAUCUGCUUUGUACGAGUCGCAGGAUACCGUUGGACGGGAGACCCGGCGAAACGUGGAACGCCGGCGGACAGAUCGGCAUCGACGAAGUGGCGAAGAUGAUCGCGCCCGAAACAUUGCGGCAGCUGCGAAACGAGUGCGGCGGCCUGCAAACCUUACUCAAGAAUCACGGUCAUAUCUUCUGCGUCGCUCAAGGAAAAGUGCAGUUUCGGAUUCCCGGCACUGUUAACACGAGAAAAAAGAGGAGGAAGGGAAACGCUGGCGUACCUUCCAGAAAAGUGAAGCCUUGUUGGUUUCAUAAGAACCAUCCCGACGGAUGUCCCGCUCUCGAGAUCGAUUGCGACUUCCAACACUAAAGUUUCUCUUUAUCGUUUGUUCUACGUUGCAAAAUUUUAUAUUCUUAUCUAUGUUGAGUUAAACGUGUAACUAAGAGUGCGUUUUAUUUUAAAUAAAAGAAAAUAAGAAU